AUGAAAAAUCGUAUGUCAAAUGUAACCCAAGAAUUCGUCGAGUUUUUCUCGCGAAUUACUUGCUGGCUAUGGGAGACCAUCGAAAAGUUAUUCGACAUCAUUUUCGAUUUCUUGGCAAGGAUAAUCGAGCUGAUACUAGCGGUGAUGAACCUGAUUUUCCAGGUGAUCUGUUUCCUAAGGGACCUAGGCAUCGAAUCCAUGCAAACAUUCGUGAACGUCUUUCGAGGGAUUGUUAGAGUCAUUAGCAAUAUCACUUGCGAAGAAGUCGAGGAUUUUGCCUCUGCCUGCAUUGUUGUUUUGCUUUGGAUCGCGGCAUUUAAGAUCGCCAAGAAUUUAAUAAAAAACUCUCGAAUAGCUGCGUUCCUUAACCCAGGAAACCCGGAUUCGAAUGAACUAGAGCUAGGAGUUUGUCCGGCGCAAAGAAGAACAGGGAGAAGGAUGAAUCGACGUUAUGGCAAACGACCUCGAGGUGAUCCUAUACUCGACGAUUAG